AAACAAAUGUUAGCUACACAAUUGGAAUAUUAUUUUUCGAGAGAAAAUUUAGCAAACGAUUCUUGGCUGCUAUCACAAAUGGACAGUGAUCAAUAUGUACCCAUAUGGACAGUGGCCAACUUUAAUUUAGUUAAAAAACUAACAAAAGAUAUUAAACUCAUAACAGAAGUGCUUAGGGAAUCACCGAAUGUGCAAGUAGACGAAGAAGGUCUCAGAGUACGACCAAAUCACAAAAGAUGCAUUAUAAUAUUACGUGAAAUUUCUGAUCAAACUCCAGUUAAAGAUGUUAAGAACAUUUUUAACAAUGAAAACUGCCCACGCGUUAUUUCGUGUGAAUUUGCUGGCAAUAAUUCAUGGUAUAUAACUUUUGAAUCAGAUGAAGAUGCACAAAAAGCUUUUAAAUAUUUAAGAGAAGAUGUUAAAGAAUUUCAGGGUAAACCAAUAAUGGCUCGGAUGAAAGCCAAACCAUUUAUAAAUAGAUUACCAAUCGGUCCAGUAUCAACUAUUAAAAAUGGCUUCCGUUUGACUUCACCACCAGCCGCUGUAUACGAUCCAAAUGCUGCUGCUGCAGCGGCUGUUGCUUAUAGUGCAGCACCGCAACGUUUUGUUUAUGCUGCCAAUGGAGCAGCAAUGACGCAACCACCAGUACCAUAUAAUGGUCAAUUACAUUUAAUUCAAUUCCAACAGCAACAAUUUUAUCCCGGCAUUGUUACACCUUGGCCUACUGCGGCUGCUGCAGCUGUAGCAGCAGCCGCAACCACAGCACAUGGUCAGAAUUUCUAUGAGAUUGGCAAUGUUUUUGCAGCCAAUGGUUUGCCUCCUGCAGUACCUGCAUAUGCCACAACAGCACCACCUCCUACACAAACUCCUGGUUUAACUGGCAGCACAAAACCGCAAAGCGGUGGCGGCGGUGGUGGUGGUGGCGGAGGCGGUGGACGCUAUAACAACAAUCAUCGUAAUAAUUCUGGCAACAGUGGUGGUCAAAGCGGCGGUGGUCAUCGUAAGCAGCCACGCAACACAAACCUCCAACAGUUGCAACAAACUCCCCAACCUCAACCCCAAUUGGCUGGUAACAAUAUAAUUGUAUCUAGUGUAAGUGUUGGUGGAGCUGGUGGUCUGGUCGGCGUUAUGCCAACUACCAUUGUCGAUCCCCAUCAACAGCAGCAAACUAUGACGCAACAGCAUCAAAUGCAACAACAACAACAACCACCACCUAAUCAACAGCAACAACAGACUUCAAGUCAACAGCAGCCUGGCUCUCAGCAAAGUAGUAAUACAAGACAUUAUUCAAGCAUGAAACCAAAUACUGGUGGCAUACCGAAAUCUUCUAUUGAUAAAUCAUAUGGUGGUGGUGGCAAUACGAAUGCUCUCAGCAGUCAUCAUCAUUAUAGUGCGCAAAAUCAAACUACUCAUCAUGUACAAACACAACAACAACAGCAGCAGCAGCAACAACCUCAGCAAUUGAGUGGCGGAGGCGGUGGUGCUGCUGCAACACACAUACAACAAACUCACUAUCAAAUGCCUUCCUCUAAUACACAAACUGGUGCAAUGCAGCAUACUUCCUAUACGGCACAUAAUGUACCAACUGUUUCAGCACAACAGCAUCAUCAUCAGCAGCAGCAACAGCAGAUCCAUCAACAGCAACAACAACAGCAGCAACACGACCUACAAGACGAUGUUAAUGUUGAGGUUGUUCAUCAAUCACAAAUUGUUGUACAACAUGUGCCACAACAGGGACAUCAUCAUAAUCCACGUAAUAAUGUUACUUCAUCAUCCUCUUCUUUGAGUAAUUCGGUUGGUGGAAGUGGUGUCGGCGGCGGUGGCAGUGGUGCUGGAAAAGAUCCGCCACAUUGGUCUCAAUCUCGCCCAAGACGAAGAAGACGUGAUGAUGAUAAUUCUGGCAUGACUUACUCACCUAAUAAUCGUGUUGGCGGCGGCGGUGGAGGAGGAGGCGGCGGGCAAUCGUAUAAUUCGUCGCAUCAUUCUCAACAGCAGCAGCAACAACAAAGUGGUGGCAAUUCAGGUGGCGGGGGAGGAGGAGGAGGUAGUGUUAUUUCUUCUUCUCAAGGCAGUAGUCAUCAUCAUUCAAAUCGCAAUGAUAUUAGUGGUGGUGGCCAUCAUGGCGGUGGUGGUGGUGGUUAUACGUCGCAUCGUAAUGACAAUGAACAUCGCGGCGGUUAUAAAGGUAACAAUUAUAAUCCUCACUAUAAUAGCGGAGGCGGAGGAGGUGGCGGUGGUUCCCACUCCCACCAUUCUUCUAACAAUUCAUCUUCACAUCAUCACAAUCAACAUCACAAUACAGCGACAUCAUCAGGUUCCUCACAACAACAACAGCAGCAACAAUUGCAACAGCAACAACAUCAUACUUCUUCCACUUCAUCAUCAUCGACACAACACCAUUCAAUGACAACUUCAUCUUCUUCUACCCAUCAUUACAAUCCACAUCAUCAUAAUCAAAAUGAAGGUGGUGGUGGUGGAGCUAGUGGAGGUGGCGGAGGAAGUGGAGGAGGUGGAGGCGGAGGAGGUAUUGGGGGUGGAGGAAGUGGUCGUGAUGUUGGUGGUGGUGGUGGUAGUGGUCGCAACUAUGAAGGCGGCCGUCACACAGCUGGUGGUGGUUCUAGUUAUGCUGGUAAUAAUGAUAGAUCUGGUGGAGGUCAUGGUAGUGGAGGUGGCGGUGGAAGUCGCCAUCAUGACAACUAUCAUCAUAACAGCCAUCACCAGAGCCAUCAUCAACAUCACCAUCAUCAGCAGCAACAGCAGCAACAACAGCAACAAAAUGCUACACCACCACAACCGCCGCAAUUUGACUUAGAAGCAGCAGCUUUUCCACCACUGCCAGCCACCUCAUCGUCUGUGGCCUCUAGUAAUGUUGCUGCAACCAGUGGUACCAAUAAUAAACAAACUGCCAGUGCAUUACAACAACAUCAGCAGCACCAACAGCAAGUGAGUUUAAAUGAUGCUACAACAUCUGCCAAUAAUAACAACAACAUGACUAUCAAUAGUAAUAGUAACAACAAUAGCAGCAACAGCAUCAGUAGUACAUCUGCUGAACAACAUCAACAACAGCAACAUCAUCAACAGCAGCCAAAAAACGUCAAUACUCAACCCUAUCACCAGCAGCAUCAGCAAUCGCAACAACAAAAUACAAGUAACACUUUAAUAAAUAGUUCCUCAAUUAAUUCGGGAAAUGGUAAUAACGGUGGUAGUGGUUGGGCAGAAAAUCGUCUAGCUGAUGUAGUACGUGGCAAUGGUAAUAAUAAUAACAACAACGCCAGUGGGGGAGGAGGUAAAAAAUCUCGCAAAGAUUCCGGCCACAACAAUAAACAACAUAAUAAUUUUUACCAACAACAAAGAGGUAAUGCAGCUGUCAGUCCAACGCCCACCGCUGGCGCUGGCGGUGGUAAUAUUACAGCCACCAUUGCCUCAAACGCCAACUCAACAAACAGCAACAACAAUAACACCUCAACCUUAAUUAACACACCCGCCAUAGAAACUGCUAAUAUUGAAGAUUUAAACAAACAACAACAACGCGAUCAUUCAAGCGCCAACAACAACAGCAAAAGCAACAACAAUAAUAAUAAAUCAUUGACAAAUAAUAAACAAAAUUCUAAUUCUAAUAACUCUGCAACUGUGAUACCGUGUUUAACACAAAACAAUACUAAUACAACAAAUAUUAAAGGUAGCAGCAACAUUGUUGCUGCUACAUUUAACACCACAACCUCAUCAUCUCCUAUCACCGCUGACUGCAAUAGCGGUAGCAGCAACUGCAGUAAUAGCAGCGGUGGUCCAACUACUAAUCUCCAUGAAAAAUUCAACAAGACUGAAGAAUAUUUGGUACAUGCCAUAAAUAAUCCAAUUGCCACUGGAGGAGCAGUUGUAGGAACAGGAGGUGGUAUUGGUGUUCAUCAUAAAUCUGGCUAUGUUCACACUACAGCUUGUGCUAAUAGUGGCGGCAGCUGUGGCAACAAUGAUUGCAACAACGAACGCAACAAUAAUACAAAAAAUGUGUCAUCCUCAACUGGCACCGCUGCCGCAGCUGUGUGCAGUGUGGCCACCAUGACCACAAACCUUGCCGAAUGCAGUCUAAACAAUCAUAAGAAACCACCUGCCAUUGCAGCUUUAAUUGCCAAAAAAGAGACGCCAAAAGAUGCUACAAAGCAAAAAAAUGCCUCCACAUCAACUAGCUCAACAUCCACAGAAAACAUAGCUGCCGCUGUCGUCUCAACUUCUUUAAAUAGUAGCAGCACUGGCAUAAUGGCUAAUGCCGCCAUUCUUCCCAUCGCUGGUGGUGGUGGUAGCUCGGCCGCUUCACGUUUAAGUUAUGCUCAAGUGGCACAACGUAAAGAUGAUAAUGCAGCCGCCGCAGUUAGUAUUUUGUCACCCGUAGCUGUUAAUAAACACGAAUCAGCUGUAGGAACAAGCUCCUCCGUUAUCCCCUCCCCAUCCGUUGUAUCCACUUCCAUAAAUUCUUCCCCUUCAGUAGCUGUCAAUAAAAUUGAAGGGAAUAAUGAUAAACAUGUGGCCAAUAAUAAUAACACUUCAUCCUCAAGUAGUUGUAGUACAAUUGUUGUUGGUUGUGCUAAUAAUGCGAAUGUUGCAGCAGUGAGCGUUAACUCAUCCUCCUCCUCAUCGUCGUCGUCCUGCUCCUCUUCAGGUGCUGGUGCUGCAUCAUCUAUAACUGUAACUGGUGCUGUGAAUAGUGGCAGUAAUGUUCCAGUAACAUUGCGCACUGAAAUUUCCAAAGAAAAAGACUUUUCUCGUGAAAAUCGUCAAUCAACAGGAAGUAGUAAUGCAAAUGUUGGCGGUGGCAGUAGUGUAAAUAGUAGUAGUAUAAAUAACACUACUUUUUCCUCCUCAAAUACUGGUGGAGGCGCGACACGUAAUCAUCAACGUGUCGAGGCAAAAGACUUUAAAAACUCACAUACACGAGAACGCAAUAGUGAUGCUGCUGAAAGUAGCAACGGCAGUGGGGGUCGCAAAUCACACAGAAACACUAAUAAUAACAAUUAAAUCCACGUCCUAAUAUUAUAGAACAAAAAAAGACUACGAAUUGUAAUAUCAGUUAGUUGAUGAACAAAAAAACAAACAGAAGAACAUUUUUUUAUUGAAUUUACUAUGUAAAAGUUUCAAAAGAUAAGACCACACAAAAGAACUGAUUUAUCUGCUAUAUUCCCAAAUGCAUACAUAAUAUGCGUUUUAUUAUUAUUUUUUUUUUGUCUUUGCGUUAAGCGUAUAUAUUUCGAAAAUAUAUAUGUGAAUGCUUAUCGUUUUGGAACAUAACUAAAAUAUAUUUAUUAGAAUUGAACAAAAAAAUAUAUAUAUAUGCAGCCAACAAGACAUUCGACCUUAGUGUCAAAGUAUUUUAGAAAAACAAAGUUAAAACAGUAAAAACGAAUAAAAUGUUAAGGUUUCUUUUGCACUUAAUAAAACAAAAAACAAAUUGACAAAUUGACUAGAGAACUUAUUUUUUGUAUAGUAGAUUUUGAAGUAUGUUACAACUCCAUUUAAUUUAUUUUUAUUUUUUUUUUUUCGUUUUUAUUUUCUUUAAUUGUUUUUCGUUUCUUUUCAUAAAUAUAUUUAAAAAAUCAUUAAUGUGUAUUUAAAAAAAUAUAUAAAAGACUACUUACACACUAUAAUAGAAUAUUGAAAAUACUACAACUACUACUAUUAUCACUACUACUACUAUUAUCUACUGCAACUACUACUAUUUGCCUAAAAUAUAUGGAAAAAAAAAAAACAAAUACAACUUUUGCUAAUAAUAAGAUUAGU